AUGUCUCCUGCUUACUCAUACGUCUUCAUUGUGGACUGGAACCCAGACCGGUACUCUGGCGUGUGUGUUUAUUUGUGUGCGCACCACUCUCUUUCUCUCCACUGUGCCAUGGCUCCUCCAUCCCAGCCUGCCCUUCACCAGAGGAGAGAGUGAAUGAGUGAACCAAGGGCUAUUUUUAGUCACUUUCGCGUUCCACCUUGUCCCCCAGCGCUCGACCCAGCGCCCCUCCCUCCCUCCCUCCCUCCCUCCCUCCAUUCCCUCCCUCCCUCCCUCCAUUCCCUCCCUCCCUCCAUUCCCUCCCUCCCUCCCUCCACCUCCUAACCCCUCGCCUGCUGAAUGUCACUCCUAUUUAGGUCAGCAGGACCACUGAACGAUGCCACAUUAGCAUGUCAUGUGAUGGGAGCCCCGACCGGGACAGAACUAGGAGGACUCAAGAGUCAAGAGUAAAGGAUGACUACACAGGCAGGGGAUGGGAUGAUGGGCCAGAAAGAAGCAUACAUGAGUCAGGAGAAGAGUUGUGUAUGUGUAUAUUUGUAUUUGUGUGUGUGUGUUGUGUGUGUGUGUGUGUGUGUGUGUGUGGUGUGUGUGUGUGUGUGUGUGUGUGUGUGUAUGUCCGUGGUGUGCAUAUGGCGCCAUAGGAUUGAACGGUUAGUCACGGCCAGAAUCCCCUCGCGUGCCAAGCUUCUAGGUUCUCCUCCAAUAACGGUGUAGAGAUAUCGCUAGACCACAACAUCAAGCUUACGCUACGAGUCUAAUGACAGAAUGACAGCGAACAAAUCAGCUCUCGGAGUCUGAUCAUCUGAAGAAAACUUUUGUUGUUCCAGAUGUUCUGACUACGUGACAGGGAGAGCGGUUUGGGGGGGGAAAAAAAAAAAAAAUUUUUAAAAGGUUUUUUGGGGGUUUUUUUUUAAAAAAAAACCCCCCUUUUACCCCCUUUUUCCCCCCAAAUUUUUUUGGGAAAAAAAAAUUUUUUUUCCCCUUUUGGGGGGGGGGAAAAAAAAAAAACCUUUUGGUUUUAAUUGGGGAAAAAAACCCCUUCCCCCCCCCCUUUUCCCCGGGAAAGGGGUGGGGAAAAAAAACCCCAUUUGAAAUUUUUUUUUUUUCCCCCCCUCCAACCCCCCCCCCCCCCCCCCCUUUUUUUUUUUUUUUUCCCCCCCCCCUUUUCCCCCCCCCCCAACCCCCCCCCCCGGGCCCCCCCGGGGGGGGGGAAAAAGAAAAACGGGAAAAAACCUUUUUUUCCCCCCCCCCGGGGGUGGGGACCCCAAACCCCCCCCCCCCCCCCCCCCCCCCCCCUCCCCUUUUUUCCCCCCCCCCCUUUUUUAAAAUUUUUUUUUUUUUUGGGGGGGGUUUUGGGGGGUUUUUUGGGGGCCCAAAAAGGGGUUUUAAAGGCCCAAGGGCCCCCCGGGGGGGGAAAAAAAGGGGGGGGGGGUUUCCCCCCGGGGGGGGGGGCCAAAAAAAAAAAAGGGGAAAAAAAAAAAAAAAAAUUUUUUUUGGGUUUUUGGGGUUUUUUUUUUUGGGGGUUUUUUGGGGGGGGGGGGGUUUUUUUUUUUUUCUUUUUUUUUUUUUGGGGGGGGGGGGGGUUUUUUUCCCCAAAAAAGGGGAAAAACCCCCCGGGAAACCCCCUUCCCCCCCCGGGGGAAGCCCCCCCCCAAAAUUUUUGGGGGAAAAAAAAAAAUUUUUUUUAAAAAAAAAAAGGGGGGUUUUGGGGGGGUUUUUUCCCCCUUUUUUUUUUGGGGCCCCCUUGGGGGAAGGGGGGGGGGAAAAAAAAAAAAAAUUUUUAAACCCCUUUUGGGGGGGGCCCCCCCGGGGGGAGAGGAAAAAAAGGGGGAAAAAACCCCCCGGGGUUUAAAAAAAAAAAAAAAGGGGUUGGGGGGCCCCUUUUAAAUUUUUAAAAACCCCCCCCCCCCAAAAAAAAAACCCCCCCCCCCAAAAACCCCCCAAAAAACCCCCCCCUUUUCCCCCCCUUUUUUUUUUUCCCCCCCCCCCCCCCCCCCCCAAAAAAAACCCCCCCUUUUUUUUUUUUUUUUUCCCCCCAAAAAAUUUUUUUUUAAAAAAAAAAAAAACCCCCCCCCCGGGCCCCCCCCCCCCAUUAAAAAUUUUUUUUUUUUUUUUUCCCAAACUCCCCGGGGUUUCCCCCCUUUUUCCGCCCACCCCCCAAAAGGGCCCCCCUUUUUUUUUUUUAAACCCCCCCCCCCUUUUUCCCCCCCCCCUUUUUUUAAGGUUUUUUUUUCCCCCCUUUUCUUUUUUUCCCCAAAAACCCCCCCCAACCCCCAAAAAAAGGGGGGAAAAAAAAAAAAAAAAAAAACCCCCUUUUUCCCCCUUUUUAUUUUUUUUAAAAAAAAAAAUUUUUAAAAAAAGAAAAAUUUUUUUUUUCCCUUUUAACCCUUUUUCCCCCCCCCCCUUUUUUUUUUUUUUUUCCCCCCCCCCCCUUUUGGGGGGGUUUUUUUUUUCCCCCUUUUUUUUUUCCUUUUUCCCCCCCCUUUUUUUUUUCUUUUUAACUUUUUUUUUUUUUGGGGGUUUGGGGGGGUUUUUUUUUUUUUUUUCCCCCAAAUUUUAAAAAAAAUUUUUUUUGUUUUUUUUUCCCCUUUUUUUCCCCAGGGGAAAAACCCCCCCCCAAAAAAAAAACCCCCCCCGGUUUUUCCCAAACCCGGCCCUUUUUUUUUUCUUUUUUCCCCCCCCCCCUUUUUAAAAAAAAAAUUUUUUUCCCCCAACCCCCAAAAGCCCUUUUAAAAGGGGGGGUUUUGGGGGCCCCCCGGGGGGAAAAAAAAAAUUUUUGGGGAAAGGGCCCCCCCUUUUUUUUGGGGGGUUUUUUAAAAAGGGGGGGGGGGGAAAAAGGGGAAAGGGGGGGUGGGUUUUUUUGGUUUUGGGGGGGGGGGGUUUUUUUUUGGGGGGGGGGGGUUUUAUUUAAAAGGGGGAAAAAUUUUUUUUUUUUUUCCCCUUUUAAAAACCCCCCCAAUUUAAAAUUGGGGAAAAAUUUUUUUUUUUUUUCCCAAAAACCCCCAAAAAACCCCUUAAAUUAAUUUUAAAAUUUUGGGUUUUUUUUCCCCCCCCCAAAAUUUUAAAAAGGGGGGGUUUUUAAAGGGGGGGCCCCCCCCUUUUUUUUAAAACCCCCCCCAAAAAAUUUUUUUUUUGGGAAAAUUUUUUCCCCCCCCCCCAAAAAAAGGGGGGGGGGGGGGAAAUUUUUCAAACCCCCCUUUUAAAAAAAUUUUAAACCCUUUUUGGGGGGGAAAAGGGGUUUUCCCAAAAAAACCCCAAAAAAACCCCCCCCAAAGGGGGCCCCGGGGGAAAGGGGGGAAAAAUUUUUUUUCCCCCAAAAAAAAAAAAAACCCCAAACCCAAAAAAACCCAAAAAGGGGGGGAAAAGGGGCCCCCCCCCCCAAACCCCAAAAAAAAAAAGGGGCCCAACCCAAAAAGGGGAAAAAAACCUUUUCCCCCCCCCGGGGAAAAAGGGAUGGGCCCCCCCCCCCCCCGGGGGGAAAGGGGGCCCCCGGGGGUUUUUUGGGGGUUUUUUCCCCCCCCCCCAAAAAAAUGGGGGGGGGCCCAAAAUUUCCCACCCCCCCAAAAAAAACCCCGGGGGGGGAAAAAAAACCCCCCCCAGCGGGUUUUCCCCUUUUCUAAACCCCCCAAAAAAAAAGGGAAAAAAAUCUCAUCAGUGCUACAGUAAGCUGAGAUCCACACCGUCCAUCAGGGGAAAUGGUUUUUAGUAAUUUUUCCCUGUAUCUGUCAUGUUGAACUAACCUCCCUCUCAAUUCAAUUCAAUUAAAUUCAAAGGGCUUUAUUGGCAUGGGAAACAUACACUACAUGACCAGAAGUAUGUGGGCAUUAAUAUGGAGUUGGUCCACCCUUUGCUGCUAUAACAGCAUCCACUCUUCUGGGAAGGCUUUCCACUAGAUGUUGGAAAAUAGCUGCAGGGACUUGCAUCCAUUCAGCCACAAGAGCAUUAGUGAGGUUGGGCACUGAUGUUAGGCGAUUCGGCCUGGCUCACAGUCGGCGUUCCAAUUCAUCCCAAAGGUGUUCGAUGGGGUUGAGGUCAGGGCUCUGUGCAGGCCAGUCAAGUUCUUUCCACACCGAUCUUGACAAACCAUUUCUGUACGGACAUCGCUUUGUGUACGCGGGCACAAAGGAGAUGAUUGUGGACUACAGGAAAAAGAAGAGGAUCGAGCACGCCCCCAUUCUCAUCGACGGAGCUGUACUGGAGCAGGUUGAGAGCUUCAAGUUCCUUGGUGUCCACAUCACCAACAAACUAACAUGGUUCAAGCACACCAAGACAGUCGUGAAGAGGGCACGACAAAACCUAUUCCCCCAGGAGACUGAAAAUAUUUGGCAUGGGUCCUCAGAUCCUCAAAAGGUUCUACAGCUGCACCAUCGAGAGCAUCCUGACUGGUUGCAUCACUGCCUGGUAUGGCAACUGCUCGGCCUCCGACCGCAAGGCACUAUAGAUGGUAGUGCGUAUGGCCAGGUACAUCACUGGGGCCAAGCUUCCUGUCAUCCAGGAUCCUCUAUACCAGGCGGUGUCAGAGGAAGGCCCUAAAAAUUGGCAAAGACUCCAACCACCCUAGUCAUAGACUGUUCUCUCUGCUACCGCACGGCAAGCGGUAACCGGAGCGCCAAUCUAGGUCCAAGAGGCUUCUAAACAGCUUCAGAUUCUACCCCCAAGCCAUAAGACUCCUGAACAUCUAAUCAAAUGGCUACCUAGACUAUUUGCAUUGCUGCUCUUUAAUUAUUUGUUACUUUAAUUUCGUAUUAUUUUAUAUUGUAUUUUUGUGUGUGAUUUUUUUUGGUAUUCUUUCUAAAAACUGCAUUGAUGGUUAAGGGCUUGUAAGUAAGCAUUUCACUGUAAGGUCUACACCUGUUGUAUUCGGCGCAUGUGACAAAUACAAUUUUAUUUUAUUUUAUUUGAUUGUCAUGCUGAAACAGGAAAGGGCCUUCCCCAAACUGUUGCCACAAAGAAGGAAGCACAGCCUCGUCUAGAAUUGCAUUGUAUCCUGUAGCGUUAAGAUUUCCCUUCACUGGAACUAAGCGGCCUAGCCCGAACCAUGAAAAACAGUCCCAGACCAUUAUUCCUCCUCCACCAAACUUUACAGUUGGCACUAUGCAUUGGGGCAGGUAACGUUCUCCUGGCAUCCACCAAACCAAGAUUUGUCCGUCAGACUGCCAGAUGGUGAAGCGUGAUUAAUCACUAUAGAGAACGCGUUUCCACUGCUCCAGAGUCCAAUGGUGGCAAGCUUUACACCACUCCAGCCGACGCUUGGCAUUGCGCAUGGUGAUCUUAGGCUUGUGUGCGGCUGCUCGGCCAUGGAAACCCAUUUCAUGAAGCUCCCGAUGAACAGUUCUUGUGCUGACGUUGCUUCCAGAGGCAGUUUGGAACUCGGUAGUGAGAGUUGCAACCGAGGACAGACGAUUUUUACGGCUACGCGCUUCAGCACUCGGCGGUCCCGUUCUGUGAGCUUGUGUGGCCUACCACUUCGAGGCUAAGCCGUUGUUACUCCUAGACGUUUCCACUUCACAAUAACAUCACUUACAGUUGACCUGGGUAGCUCUAGCAGGGCAGAAACUUGACAAACUGGGCCUCCCGAGUGGCGCAGUGGUCUAAGGCAUUGCAUCGCAGUGCUAGAGGCAUCACUACAGAUCCGGGUUCAAUCCCAGGCUGUGUUGCAGCCGGCUGCGCCCGGGAGACCCAGCGUCGUCCGGGUUAGGGGAGGGUUUGGUCGGCUGGGAUGUCCUUGUCCCAUCACGCUCUAGCGACUCCAUGUGGCGGCUGGGCGCAUGCACGCUGACUUCAUGCAUCUGUACUGUACGCAUGGCUUUCGACCUUCGCCUCUCCUGAGUCCGUAUGGGAGUUGCAGCAAUGGGACAAGACUGUAACUACCAACUGGAUGAGAAAAAAGUUUGAAUAAGUACCCAAAAAAGUAUAUAUAUAAAAAAGACAUUUGACGAACUGACUUGUUGGAAGGGUGGCAUCCUAUGACAGAGCCACGUUGAAAGUCACUGAGCUAUUCAGUAAGGCCAUUCUACUGCGAAUGUUUAUCUAUGGAGAUUGCAUGGCUGUGUGCAUGAUUUUAUACACCUGUCAGCAAUGGGUGUGGCUAAAGUAGCCGAAUCCACUAAUUUGAAGGGGUGUCCACAUACUUUUGUAUAUAUAGUGUAUGUUUACAUUGCCAACGCAAGUGAAAUAGAUAAUAAACAAAAGUGAAAUAAACAAUAUCAAACAGUAAACAUUACACUCACAAAAGUUCCAAAGGAACAGAGACAUUUCAAAUGUCAUAUUAUGGCUAUAUACAGUGUUGUAACGAUGUGCAAAUAGGGAAAAUUAAUAAACAGAAAUAUGGGUUGUAUUUACAGUGGUGUUUGUUUUUCACUGGUUGCCCUUUUUCUUGUGGCAACAGGUCACAAAUCUUGCUGCUGUGAUGGCACACUGUGGUAUUUCACUCAAUAGAUAUGGGAUUGGAUUUGUUUUCAAAUUAUUUGUGGGUCUGUGUAAUCUAAAGGAAAUAUGUGUCUCUAAAUGGUCAUACAAUUGGCAGGAGGUUAGAAAGUUCAGCUCAGUUUCCACCUCAUUUUGUGGGCAGUGUGCACAUAGCCUGUUUUCUCUUGAGAGCCAGGUAUGCCUAUGGCGGCCUCUCUCAAUAGCAAGGCUAUGCUCACUGAGUCUGUACAUAGUCAAAGCUUUCCUUAAUUUUGGGUCAGUCACAGUGUUCAGGUAUUCUGCCACUGUGUACUCUCUGUUUAGGGCCAAAUAGCAUCUCUGUCUUUAGGUCUUUAGACCCCCCUACAACAUGCUUCUCCAACUCACAAGCUAUCUGUUCACACUUCCCAACAACUCUUUUCUCUCUGACCUGUUGAGUUGAAGUUCAAUACUUUUAAUGGCAAAGUGAAGAACUGUAAAAAUGCCUGCUAACCUCCAUCUCUCUCUCUCCUCCCCCCCCUCCCUCUCUCCCUCUUUACAGACCCAACAUGAGAUUUGACGACCACACCCCAUCAACAGACCCUCCCAAGCUCCCUAAGAUCCCCCAUUGGCCCGGGAAGCAGCCCGCUCAGGAGGCCCUCCAUGCAGAUCCCUGUGUGGCCCUGUUCCAGCAUCUCCGCCCUUGCUACAGGCCUUGGGGCCUGGCCAGGUCCCUUCUCUUCCACUUCCCCCACGGCUUCUCCAGCUCCCCCAUCAGCAGCCCAGACACAGUCUCCGUCCUAUCCCACAUGGCCCUGGAGGACCCCUCCGCUCUCACCCUGGCCUCCGCAUCCUCGUUGAUGGGGCAGGGAUGGCCCUCCUCCUGGCCUCUCUCCUGACCCAGGCCAAGGACCUAUUAACCCUAGGGGAGACUGGGGCUGGCCUGUGGGGAUAUCCUGUGGAGCCCUGAAGGACCCCAGGGAUGAGCUGGAGGUGAGGGCCUUCCUGGGGCCCUUCCUCUCCUCCUGGCAACCUGGGUUUGAGGCCCUACUGACGGGCGUGGUGGCCCGGUGUUGUGUACCCAGCUGGAGACCCAGAACUUCUGGUGACCGAGGGCAGGUGUGGGAGGGAGUGACCUUUGACCCCUGCUGUGUCAGAGUGUGUACGGUGCUGGAAAAGCAGGAUGGAGAGAGAGAACAGAUAGAGGAUGGACAGAUAGAAACAGUUGGCGAUGGAGAGGAGCUGACAGAGAACAAGGGACAAGAGACGGAGAGUGAUAGAACAGGUAGAGGAGGGGGGACAAGAGAUGGAGAGUAAAGGGAGGAGAAAGAGAGAAAAUGAGAGGGAGGGUGAUGAGAGGAAGAAGUACAAAAAGAGGAGGAGAACCCAGAUCAACAUAGAAUAUGUCAGGAAGUGGAGGAUGCUAAGAAAAAAACUGGAGGACGAAAAAGAAAAGAGAAAUAGAGAAACAGAAGAGGAUGAUGAUGACGAGAGAAGGAAGAGAAUGAGUUGACCGGGUGGAUCUGGGCUGAAGGAGACCCGAGAGGAGCCAGAGUUGGAGGACCGGGUGGAUCUGGGCCUGAAGGAGACCCAGCAGAGGAGACCAGAGUGGAGGCCGGGUGGAUCUGGGCCUGAAGGGACCCAGAGAGGAGACCCAGUGACGGGUAUUGGGCCGAAGAACCCAGAGGAAACCAGAGUGGAGGCCGGGUGGAUCUGGGCCUGAAGGAGACCCAGCAGAGGAGACCAGAGUGGAGGCCGGGUGGAUCUGGGCCUGAAGGAGACCCAGCAGAGGAGACCAGAGUGGAGGCCGAGGCCAGGAGAACAGAGGAGAGAGAAGAAGUAGCAGAGGAGGUCCGUAUGAAGUUUUGA